UCUGUGAUGUGGACGAUGAUCGAACUAAACGCGUUCAUCAAAUUUAAAUCGACAUUGCACGUUUGCUCCAAAAAAAGAUCACUUGCAUGACUUGCGCCAAGCUAUCACAGUAUUGAUCAGCAGUGUCGCGUACUUCAUUCAAUUUCGCAGUUGGCCAACAGAUAAAGCUGUCGUUUGUUUCCGCAGCGUUUCGCACAAUUUCUGAUUGUUUUCUGUCAGACCGAAAAAUAGUUACUAAGAUGGCGAUGAUCGCUGGCAGAGUGGCGGGCAAAAUGGCGGCCAAACAGGCCGGCAAGCAAGUGGCCAAGAAACAGAUGAAAAAGCAAGUGAAGAAAAAGGUUCAGAAGAAAGUCCAACAAAAAGUAGAGGACAAAGCGCAGGAGAAACUACAGGAGAGGAUGCAGGAAUCCAUGGACAAGCGGAGGGAAAAGAAGGCCGGAAAGAAAAAGAAAAAGAAAAAAAAGAAAAAGCCGAGGUUUAUGGGACCAGUUAAGAUGGACAUUAGAGACGAGCUUGGAAUUGGCGACAUGGAUAUUGACAUGGAUGACAUGAAAGGUAUGAUGAUGGACCAAAUGAAAGGACCCAAGUUAGGCCCCGGACUCUUCAAAUCUGGUGGACAGGGGUCUGAUGAUGACCUUGGAGACGAUCGUGAACCGAGGAAGGGUGUGCGGUUCUCGAUCUUUGCUCUGUGCCGCUGCGUCGGGAAGUUCUAUCGCUAUCUGGGCCGAUACCUCCCCUGCUGCCGGACUGGGACAUUCGCCAACCAGAUCACAAAGAAUGUGGCAGGAUUCUUUUGCGGUCUGCUGUUCCUUGCGAUAUUCUACCCUAUCUUCAUCUUGGCGCUCAGGCAAGAACCCAAGCACGCCGCUCUCAGCGUCUCUUUAAUCGGUCCAGUCGUCUGCUUCGGCAUGGCGUUCUCCCCCAGGAUUCGCUGCGUCAUGCUGCUCAUGAUCCCGGGACUUUUCUCAGGUGCAAGAAAAAAUCCAUUUUUUAAAAUUCUAUAUAUAGAGGGGAAGGGCAGGACAAUCCUAAUGGCCUACGGAUUCCUCUUGGUGCUAAGCGGUCCCGUGGAGAACCUGAGCUACAACAUGGAUAUGGCCGGCCAGAGUCAGGUCUGCGGCAGCGAGCUAGCCAUGAACCAGACCUACAAGCUGUUCCAAGUAGUCACAGCACCAAUGGCGUCUUUUACAGGUGAAGUCACAUCACUGAUUGACAAGCUCCGUAGCAUAGGGCGUCGAAUCAAGGAAGGCUUCCGGGCCAUCAAAGAUGCCAUCAAAGCUUUAGGGAAUGCCACUGCGGAGUUUUUCGACUGGGUGGGGUCAAUGGUGGAUAAGUGCAACGAGAAGCUGGGGAUACCAGAGAGAAGGUGCCGGCUGGCCUUUGAUCAUGCUGCCUUCAUUUGCCGCAGGGACGCCUGGAUCUUUCAAUUCGUAUGCGGCAUCAUUGAUCUGGUCUCUAAUGUGUGUUACAUAGCUGGCCUUUUGAAAAUCCUGUGCCUGUUUCCAAGACUCAUCAAGUUCAUAGCUUCAAAAGCAUCUGAUGCGAUCGACAAGGCCCUGGAAAAAGUGAAAGAACAGUUCUACGUGGAUUUUGAGUUCACCCACGAGAUGAGAGUAGACUACAACUUCUCCCAGUCGGCCCGACAAAUCAGGGAAAACAUCCUUGGAGAGAUGGAGGAACGGACCGAUACGUUUGUCACGGUGGUCACCUGGCUCAACCGUCUCGUGUCCUUCGCUUUCAUCUUGCUCCUCCUCAAAGCUUGCAAGUAUUACCAUAACUAUCGAGUGAAGGACAAACAUGACAACUGGUACGUCACUGACUACAUGCAGAUGAUUGACGAGAAACAGGAGGCCUUGGGCAGAGAGACACUCCUACCUCUCAAGAGGAAAGAGCGCAGGAAAUACAUCACCACAACUUCUGUAUACCUAGCCAGACCGGAGAAGCGGCGGAUUGUCCUGGGUUUUGUGAUGUGGAGCACCCAAGUUUGUUAUGCAGUGGUGCUUAUGGUAGCUGACUGCAUGGCCUACUGGUUUCUGGACUUGGUGCGAAUGCACAGCGAACUCAACGUACAUAUCAAUUCUCCAGGUUCCGUGACGUUGGACGUGCAGGGAGAAGGAAUUCUGGCCGAAAUCUACCGCUCUCUAGUCCAGUCAUUUGAUCCACGCCACAUCAGUAACUUUGAGGUAGACACAAGCAAGUGCCUGCCCCGUCCGUCCCUGCCCGACACUGCAACCUACAGAGUAAUAGGUAUUAUCUUUGGCAUCGCUUUUCUCCUCAUAAUAUUUGAGGCCUACGGUCUUCGUCUGCGUCGCCUGAUCAUGAGUAAGCACUACCCAGAGAGGGAGCGGGUGCGCACCGUCUGGCUCUACAAUCAGAUCCUGCGACGGCGCGGCGGCUUCAGGAAAUUCCUUAAGAGGAACAAGAAAACGGAGGACGCGGCCGAGGGCACAAAGGGUGACGGUCUUAUCAGCCACCUUGCGUCAAGGUCAAAGAUCAUGGCCAGAAUUCUAAAAAUAUGUGGAUUUAAAUGGAAGUUCUGCGUAAACUGCGGUAUACCAGGAAAAGCUAAGGACACAGAGGGAUUCAUGGAUUGUGCCAAUGCAGGGUGCCGAGCCAUUUACUGCCUGGAAUGCGUCCACGACGUCCACAACAUGUGUCAAAUUUGCAGCCGACCCGUGGACUAUGACAUGGACUUCACCGUGGUUGAUUUUGAAAGAGGGUCAAGUGAUGAAGAAACGAAGGACCAACGGAGGAGCAAGGAUGUUGAGGACGGAACUCUUGAUGAGGAGACAGAUGAGGACAAGGAUUUGGACUACAGCUACCAGUUCAGACUCCCGGGCCUUCGUAAGGAAAGUGACCAUGACGAUGAGGAUGAUACCACUGCAGAAGAUGAUUAUGACGAUGACGAUGACAAUGACGAAGAAGGUUCUGAAGACGAAGACGAUUCUGACGAGGAUUACAAGAAAGAUGGAGCACCACACGUGAACAUCCCUUCGACUUUACCUCCCUACCGAUUACCAAUGCCGUUGAAACCCACUGGUGCUCGUAGAUUUUGAUGGACUCGGUACACAUGGCUCAUCGGCCAAAACCCCAAAAAUUUAAAGGGGUCUGGAUGUUGAUGGAGUCCGGUAAGGCUGGGACUGUUUAAGUAACUUGAUGCAGCUAUGCUUUGACUCCGGGUGCGUGAUAAAGCAGCUCUGUGACCACAACUUGCCUGCUUUGUCUGUUGACCCAGUUUGAAUAGUCCCAGUGCUCGCUUGACAUGUGAUCUGACUGCUGGAUACUAGCGUUUGUUAAGGUAUAGCAGGGGAAGGGGACUGUCUGUGACUGUUUAAAUAGCAGAAGGAUUAAUGGAUAAGUCAAUUGGUCUUGGCUGCCCUUCAGUGGCACACCCAGGAUUUGGCUGGGGGAGGGGCCCCCACAAUUAUUUU